AUGCUUCAUACUACUGAAGGAUACGGAACUACACUGAAGAUGCAGGCAUCUACUGCUCAAUGUUCAUACACAGAGAGGAGGUCUACUCUAAUGAUACAUAGACUCAUUUCACUUCUUCUAUUGAUACAACUUCUUUUCUUCAUGUUGAGUGAUAGACACCUUCAUCAUUAUUGGAAUGUCUCUGCUAUAUCAUGUUCUAAUGAUACAACAUCUUUUUACAAUUCUUCAAUCACUGAAGUUUGUUCUGGUAGAGGCAAUUGUUCUUCGGAGAGUAAUGGAACAGAGUGUAUAUGUGAGAGUGGAUAUUUUGGUGCCGACUGUGAAAACUAUCAAUGUUAUGGACUGGACCCUGAUGAUUUCAAUACGACUUGUUCCCAACACGGUCAAUGUAUUGGACCAGAUACAUGUAAAUGCGAUAUUAAUUACAUUGGAGAAAAUUGUUCCAUAACAUCUUGUUUUGGAUUACUUAGUAAUGAGAGCGAAGUAUGUUCUGGCUCUGGUACAUGUAUUGAAUUUGAUUUUUGCAAUUGUUCAAUAGGUUACUCAGGUUUGAAUUGUGAGUCUAUUGAAAACAACAACACCCAAAUAUCUAAUAAUGAAACCACUCUUUCCAACAAUUCCUCAUCUGAAUCUAUUUCCAUUUCAUGUUUUGGCAUCCAACAAGACCAUUUCAAUGUUUGCAACUCACGAGGAAACUGCACCGACAACAAUACAUGCUCAUGCUCUGAUGGCUAUUCUGGUAUGGAAUGUGAAAUUAGCACCUGUUUUGAUAAACUCUCCAAUAUGAGCAAUGUUUGUUCUUCAAGAGGAAAUUGCACACAGUUAGAUACUUGUCUCUGCUCCACUGGUGCUUAUGGAGAAGAAUGUGAGCUUUUCAAAUGUGGAGAGGUAGAGAAUACCAAUAGUACUGCUUGUAAUUCGAGAGGUUCGUGCAUUGGCCCUAAUCAAUGCUCGUGCAUCUCUAAUAAUUAUUUUGGUGAAUUGUGUGAAUUAACAUCUUGUGGAGGGGUUGUAUCCAAUUCAAGGUUUACUUGUUCAGGAGUUGGUAAAUGCUCAGACUAUCAAACAUGUGAAUGUCCUUCUGGAUUUGAAGGGAAUUUGUGUGAAGUUGAUAUUUUAGCAGGUUACAAGCUCAUUAGUACAAGACCUGUUGUAAUUGGAAGAAACUCUGCUCCAAAUAACAUUCUUUCUGCAAGUAUUGCUCUUCCAUCAAUGAUUUUAUCGACAGCCUAUGUAUCAACACCUCCAGAACCAUUUGUUUUGGCAGAUGACGAAGUUUACGCAUCAAUUUCUUACACACACGAUACAAACCCUUUAGGUGAUCAAAUUGUUCAAGCCAUGGAAAAAAGAGCUCAAGAAAUUAUUGAGAAACCAUGUGAUUUUACCUUUUCCAAUCAGGAACCAUUUUUUGGAUCUAAUAAGAGUGCAAUUUUCAAACAUGGAGGAGUGUAUUGUUUUCCAAAUGGAUUGGCCAUAGAUUCAUCUUAUACUUUUGUAGUGAUUGGUACAGAACCUGUUGUAAUCAAAACUCCUUUUGUCUACUACUAUGGAGCCACUUUCUAUUACUUGGAAUGUGCCUCUUACAGAAACUUUUUCUGGUUGACAUUUGAUAGAGGAUUGAAUGGCAACUUUUUCACAGGAACAAUUCAUGGUACAGUGAUAGGAGCCUCUCCUUAUUACAGCUUGGAGGUUUACCACAAUGUCCAAGGAGCAAUCUGGUAUGUCGGAGGAACUCAAUUGAUUGUUUUUGAUCUCGUGUUUAGUCCGCCAAUAACUUUCAAUCCAUAUGAUACCUAUAUUACUGCACAAUGCUUAAGUACCUAUUGUUUUGGAGUGUUAUCGAGUGAGGCGAGCGUUUGUGGAGGAAGGGGAUUAUGUGUUGGCUUGGACGCAUGCUUGUGUCCUUCAGAAAGUUAUGGACACGAUUGUUCUAUUUCCAAAUGUAAUGGAGUACUUGGAAAUGAAUCGAAUGCAUGCAGUGGAAAUGGUCAAUGUAUCUCUACAGAUACUUGUCUUUGUGAAUAUGGAAAUAAUGGUACUUGGUGUCAAUUCAGAACUUGUGAUGGUAUUUCAAAUUUAUCACCAAAUGCCUGUAAUCAAAGAGGUUCAUGUGAGAAAUUUAAUAAUUGCUCUUGUGAUGCAUCAUUUCUUUAUGGAGGAUCCAAUUGUGAUAUUCCAACGUGCAAUGGAUUGGUUGGUUAUUGCACUCAACCAGAAAGAGGUCAAUGUAUUGAUGUUAAUAUUUGCAAUUGUACAGAUAAUUAUUAUGGAGAAUUCUGUCAAUCAACCACGUGUUUUGGAUUAGAAUCCAACUCUACAUCAGUUUGUUCCAUGAGAGGAAGUUGUUCUUCUUUCAAUUAUUGUGAAUGUGCCCAAGGAUACUAUGGACAAGAAUGUGAAAUUUUUAAUUGUUUCGGUUUAUCUUUGAACAAUAGUAAAGUUUGUUCUGGAAGGGGUCAAUGCUUAGAUAUUGAUUCUUGUCAAUGUGAAGAAGGAUAUGAGGGAGCGAUGUGUGAAAUUUCCUAUUGUAAUGGUAUUUCGAGUAAUGACAGUUCUGUUUGCUCUGGAAGAGGUUCUUGCCAUAGUACAAACAGUUGCCUUUGCGAAUUGAACUAUUUUGGUGAGACAUGCUCUGAAACCUUGUGUGGUGGAGUAUUGUCAAAUGACACAACUGUUUGUAAUGGAAAUGGAAUUUGUGCGAUGGCUGAGAAUUGUACUUGUUUUGAAGGGUUUGAGGGAUUUUCAUGUGAACUUACAUAUUGCAAAGGUAUAAUAUCUACCAAUGAAACGGUGUGUAACCAUAGAGGAAAUUGUGUAUUGCUGGAUUAUUGUAAUUGCAGUGACACAUACUUUGGAAAUUUAUGUGAGUUGACCACAUGCGAUGGAAUCAGUUCAAAUGAUUCUUUGGUUUGCUCUGGACAUGGUGAAUGCACAGAUUUUAACAAUUGUUCAUGCAUGGAAGGUUAUUAUGGUAAGAUUUGUCAGGAAUAUGAUUGCUUUGGAAUAGGAAUGGCCUCUGGUUUAUCUUGCUCCAAAAAUGGAAAUUGUAUUGAUAUAGACACUUGUGAAUGCAAUACAAAUUUCUAUGGAAAUACUUGUGAAGUAACUACAUGUAACGGGGUAUUUAGCAACGUUUCUUCUGUAUGUAGCUCUCACGGAUCAUGUACUUCUACAGAUCUCUGUUCAUGUGAUAGCAAUUAUUUGGGAAGUUUGUGUGAAAUGACAACAUGUUUUGGCGAGGUUUCUAAUUCUUCAUUAGCUUGUUCUGGAAACGGAAAAUGUCUAGAUUAUGAUAUCUGUGAAUGUGUAACUCGUUAUAAUGGUUCAAAUUGUGAACUUUUCAUUCAUGAUUACUUUGCUGGAUACAAAUUAAUCAGUGAGUCGAAAAUCAAUGUAAAAAUCAACUUGCAAACUAAUUCCCCUUUGAUGGCAAGUAUAGCUAUACCAUCAAUGAAUGUUUCUCAAGGUCAAUACGAAUACAUUUCUAAUGGAAAUGCUAUCAUUACAAAUACAAGUCAACCAAUUGGUAUAGAAUUGCUUCGACAAAUGAAAGAAAAAGUUCAAGAGUUAAAUCUAUUGAGAUGCAACUAUUACAUAUCAAAUUCUCUAUCAUUCUUUGCAAAUUCUAUGGUAAUUAGAAAGGGAGGAGUCUAUUGCUUUAAUUCAACUUUAACAGUUUCUUCUACAAAGAUUACAAUAAUUGGUACAGAGACAAUUGUAUUCAAAGCACCAAGUAUUGAUUAUAAGAAUGUUUCAAUGAUUCAUUUAGAAUGUUCGUCAUUUAGAAAUGUUUAUUGGUUCAUAGGAAAGUCUGUGAAUUUCACUUCACGUGUUGUGGGUCCUCUGUAUGGAACUCUUGUUUCAUCGGUUGACUAUUUGCCAAUUAGUGGUCUUGUUGAAGGUCAGAUUUGGAAUUUAGGGAUGAUAGAAUUAAGUAAUGUGAAGUUUACAGCUCCUAUAACAUUUGAUCCUUAUGAUCAAAUAGUUGGAGAUUUUUGUAACUUUACAACAUGUUACAAUGAAAAAUCCAACUCAAAUACAACUUGUUCAGGAAAGGGUGUUUGUGUCGAUAUUGAUACAUGCAAGUGUCUAGAAGGUGCUUUUGGAUUAGAUUGCUCCUUGUUCUUAUGUAACUCCACAUAUAGCAAUACAUCUUCAGUUUGCUCCACUCGAGGAAAAUGUGUAGGACCAGAUACUUGUUCUUGUAAUGCUAAUUAUUAUGGAACUUUCUGUGAAUUGACUACUUGUGGAGGUAUUUCCAGCAAUUCUUCAGAUGUUUGCAGUGGAAGAGGACAAUGCAUCAAAUAUGAAAACUGUUCUUGUAAUUCCAAUUAUGGAUAUGGAGGAAGCUAUUGCCAAGUUCCUAUUUGUAAAGGAAUUUUGGCAACUGGUAGUGCAGUAUGCAGUGCACAUGGUUCUUGCAUCUCUCCUUCUGUAUGUAAUUGUUCAGAUCAUUACUUUGGUGAUCUAUGUCAAGUGACAACAUGUUCAGAAAUUAAUUCAACAAAUUCAACUGUUUGUUCAUCUCAUGGUUCUUGUUCUGCCUUUGAAAAGUGCGAUUGUAAGACGAACUAUUACGGAAAUAAUUGUCAAGAAUUUAAUUGUUAUGGAAUCAAUAGAAAUUCAAACACAACUUGCUCUGGAAGAGGUGAAUGUUUAGAUUACAAUAAUUGUAAAUGUAGAGAUGGAUAUUAUGGAAAUGAUUGCUCAAUUUCCAAGUGUUAUGGGUAUUUAAGUAAUGAUGUAUCACAUGUUUGUAGCGGAGAAGGCACAUGUGUAGAUACUGACACCUGUGUCUGUAAACCAAAUUACGAAAGCUUCAAAUGUCAAUUUACAACAUGUUUUGGAAUUAAUUCCACAAACACCACCGUUUGUAAUGAAAGGGGUACUUGUUGGCCUUAUAAUACUUGUGUUUGUAAUCCUCUAAAGGGAUAUACUGGAUCUGAAUGUCAAAUCCCUGUUUGUUAUUCUAAACCUGCCACUGAUUCGAAAGUCUGCUCAGGUAGAGGUAACUGCACAGAACCAAAUACAUGUCACUGCAAAGAACAUUACUAUGGUGUUAAUUGUGAGGUAACUACUUGUAAUGGAACUGAAUCGAAUAACACGGCCGUUUGUUCCUCACAUGGUACUUGUACUGCAUUCGAAACUUGUACAUGUAAAUCAGGUUAUUACGAUACAAUUUGUAAUAAGUAUGAUUGCAAUGGAGUAUCUAGCUUGUUGAAUUCAACUUGUUCUUCUAAAGGUUCAUGCAUGGCCCCAAAUACUUGUUCCUGUAUUCCAAAUUAUUUUGGAUUGAAUUGUCAGAUUACAAUUUGUAAUGGAACUUAUAGCGAUAAUUCGAAUGUUUGUAGCUCACACGGAAAGUGUACAUCCCCUAAUAGCUGUUUAUGUAAUGAUCAUUAUUAUGGUGAUUGGUGUCAACUGACAACUUGUAACCAAACUGCUUCGAAUGAUUCGUUUGUUUGUAAUGGACAUGGAGCUUGUAAUUUGUACGAAACAUGCUCUUGUCAGGACGAAUAUGAUGGAAUCUAUUGUGAAAGAUUCAUGUAUGAUAUGUUUGCUGGGUAUGGUCUCAUUUCUGAUACUCCAGGUGUAUUCGAAAUUGAAUAUUCGAACAACUAUUAUCAGCCAGUUGUAAACAGCUUAACUAGGUACUUUGGAUCAAGUAUUAUUUAUGGUUCUAUGAGUAGUACCGGAAUUACUUUAAAAUCCAAGGGAAAGGCAACCAUGACUAAAAGUUCUAUCUCGCUGUCAAAUGUGAUUAUUCAAAAAAUGAAGAGAAAAAGAACUAGCUUGAUAGCAAUGGCCUGCACUCAACGAUUUACCAGCUCAUCACAAAUACCUAAAGAACUUGUUGUUAGAAAAUCUGGGGUAUUUUGUUUUGAUUUCACUUGGACAAUCAACUCGUCCCAAAGAAUUGUAAUUAUUGGUACUGAACUAGUGAUUUUCAAAGUUCAGUCUCUUACAAUUACUAAUGCAAACAUAUUGCUACUGGAAUGUGCAUCCCAUAGAAACUUUUUCUGGAUAAUUGGUGGUUCCACUGUGAUUGAAGGAGGAAACAAGUUGACAAAUUAUUUACCACCAAUUCUUGGAACGUACAUUCCCAAUUAUUCUGGAUCAAUGACGGUAAUAGGACCGUUUGAUGGUCAAUUAUGGGUAACAGGAAGCUCUACCUCAAUUUUACAUGAAGUUUCUCUUGCUGUACCAUUAACUUUUGAUACUCAUGAAAAGUAUAUCGGAGAUUUUUGUAAUUACACUUCUUGCUAUAAUGUUUCUUCAAAUUUAAAUAGUACAUGUCAUGGAAGAGGACAAUGCAUAGAUUAUAACACUUGUGUAUGCUCAGAGGAUGCCUAUGGAAGUGAUUGUUCCAUAUCUAAAUGUGAUGGAAUUUUCAGUAACAUAUCAACUGUUUGUUCUGGUAGAGGAAUUUGUUCUGCCAAAGACAUUUGUGAGUGUAAUGCUCAUUAUUACGGAAAAUUCUGUGAGCUAACCACAUGUAAUGGUGUUUCAUCAAAUUCUUCCUUGGCUUGUAGAGAAAGAGGUUCUUGUCAAGUUUACAAUAAUUGUAAUUGCAGUUCAGAGUUUGGUUAUACUGGAUUAGAUUGUGAAAUUCCUAUUUGCAAUAGAACAAAGGCUUCUCUUUCAUCAGUUUGUAAUACUCAUGGUUCAUGUAUCUAUCCAGAUGUUUGUAACUGUUCACAACGUUAUCAUGGUCAAUUCUGUGAUUUGACAACUUGUGGUGGAAUUGAAUCAAAUAAUUCACUAACUUGUUCAGGAUUUGGUAAAUGCAUUGAUUACAACAAUUGUACUUGUAAGACAGGAUAUUCUGGAAGUAAUUGUGAAAUUUACAAAUGUUUUGGAAUUCUCAAAAAUUCAACAAAUGUUUGUAGUGGAAAAGGUGUUUGUUCUGCUAUUGACACAUGUAAAUGUUACGAUGGAUAUUAUGGAACGAAUUGUUCCAUUCAGAAAUGCUUUGGCAUUUGGAGUAAUUCCACACAAACUUGCAAUGGAUUGGGAAGUUGUUUGGCAACUGACACUUGUUCCUGUAAAUCCAAUUAUUUUGGACCAAAUUGCAAUCAAACAACUUGUGCUUCCAUUUCAUCUUCAAAUUCUUCAUUAGUUUGUGGUGGGCAUGGAACUUGUUGGCCUUUCAAUAAUUGCACUUGCGCUGAUUAUUCGAAAUUUACUGGAACUUGGUGCAAUGUUUCCAUGUGUUUCGGUUUGAAUGCUUCAAAUCCUAAUGUUUGUUCGAGAAGAGGAACUUGUUCGAAUGCUAAUACUUGUACAUGCUCAUCUUCACGAUAUUUGGGUGUGAAUUGUGAGUUGACUACUUGUUUUGGGCUUAUUUCCAAUGAUUCGAUGGUUUGUAGUGGACAUGGUUAUUGUACAGAUUACAAUACAUGCUCUUGUAGAGCAGGUUUCUCUGGCACUAACUGUCAAAAUGAUCUUUUUGCUGGAUACAAACUCAUCACCAAUAAGAAACUAAAUUUGGUAAAAAACUCAAGAUCCAAUUCAUAUCUAUUGGCCAGUAUUGCAAUUCCACUAAUGGUUACAGAAAAGUAUCAAUUCCAAUAUGUUUCGAAUGGAGAUGCAGUCAUUAAGAAUACUACAACAUCUAGCGGACAAAUUCUUUCUCAAGAAUUAACAAAAAAAGUAACUGAAUUAAUAGCAUUACCAUGUACAGUUAAUGUUACUAAUCCAGACUUGGAAUUGACUACUAGCAUCACUAUUAGAGGUGGAAUGGUUUAUUGCUUGAAGCAAGGAUGGACAAUUAACAAAAUGUCUUUAACCAUAAUAGGUACUGAACAAGUUGUCUUUAAAGCUCCGUAUUUUAAUUAUAUUGGAUCCAAGGUUUCAUAUCUUGAGUGCGCAACUUAUAGAAAUUUACUCUUCCUAUCCACUGAUGCAAACUCUAAUUUAACUAUUUCUGGAACUGUUCAAGGAACAAUGAUCGCAAAUAGCAAUGCUGAUUUGACAGUUACAGGUGACAUACAAGGAUCUUUGAUGAUUCAUUCACCAAAUUCUAAAGGAAAUCUCAAUUUUAAAGAUGUAAAACUGUCAGCACCUAUAACAUUUAAUCCACAAGAUUCGUAUUAUGAUGGAACUUUCUGUUCUCGUGUGAAUUGUUAUGGCAUUGUGUCAACUUCAAAUAUGACAUGUUCUGGAAGGGGUAAAUGUGUAGAUUUUGACACCUGUAUAUGUAAUUCAGAUAGUUAUGGUCCUCAAUGCUCACUUUCCUUUUGUAAUGGAAUUCUUAGUAAUGUUUCAAAUGUUUGUAGUGGACACGGACGAUGUGUGGCCAAGGAUACAUGUCAAUGUGACUUUGGACACAAUGGAACUUUUUGUGAGUUUACAACAUGUGCAGGAGUUUCCAAAUAUUCACCUCUUGUUUGUAACAGUAGUGGAAUUUGUGACUAUUUCGAUAAUUGUACAUGUAGGACAGAAAUGGGAUUUGGCGGACCUAAUUGUGAUAUUCCUAUUUGUAAUAAUUUGGUAGGAAUUUGUACUGCACCUGGAAGAGGUGCUUGUUUUGCUCCAAAUAAUUGCUCCUGUUCUCAAAAUUAUUAUGGAACUUUCUGCCAAUUUACUUCAUGUUUCGGCAUUGAAAAUACGAAUAGUUCAGUUUGUUCUGGAAGAGGACGUUGCUAUGCAUUUGAUCAAUGUACUUGUAGUGCUGGCUUUUCUGGAACCUUGUGCGAAAAUGAUAUAUUUGCUGGUUAUAAAUUAAUCUCCAACAUUCCAAUAGUUUUAGUUAAGAAUAGUUUGGAUAACGCGCCACUUUCUGCUAGUAUUGCAAUACCUUCAUUCGUCAUUAAUCCUCCAAAUUAUGUUUAUCCAGAUCCAGUUUAUCCCUAUGUUGCCAAUGGAAGUGCUAUAGUUACAAACAGUUCAGAAAAUUACGGUUUAGAAUUAGUUCAACAAGUUUCUAAUAAGAUGCAGGAGCUUCUGGCCCUUCCUUGUGAUUACAUGAUAAAAAAUCCAGACACUGACAUGGGUAGAAACAUUAUCAUCAACAGAGGAGGUGUCUAUUGCAUGGAAAAUGGAUGGACAAUCAAUGGCCAAAAGUUUACAAUUGUAGGAAUUGAACCAGUGGUCUUUAAGCUUCCUUUCGUACACUAUUUUGGCGCCGAUUUUACCUAUCUGAAAUGUGCUACCUAUAGAAAUGUUUUUUGGUUGACUUAUUAUUUCAGCUCUGGAAAUGCAAAUUGGGUUUACAAUCCAGCAAUUCAUGGAAAUACCUUUUCUGGAAAUGUUCAUGGAACUGUAAUUGCAAGAUAUGGACACGAUUUCAUAGUUUCAGAUAAUAUUCAAGGAGCUAUUUGGUCAACCUGUACAGAAGGUGGUUAUUUAAUUUUGAAACAAGCAAAAUUCAGUCAACCAUCAACCUUUGACCCUUUACAACCAUAUGUCAGAGAGGACUGCAAUUUAUUCACAUGUUUUGAUUUGCUUCCAAACUCUCCAACUGUUUGUUCUGGAAAUGGAAAUUGUACAGAUUUCAAUACCUGCUCUUGUAGACCAGACACUUUUGGAGUUGAUUGUUCAGUAUUGUAUUGUAAUGGCACUUUGGGAAAUGAAACUCUUGUUUGUAAUGGUCAUGGAAAAUGCACAAAAACCGAUGUUUGUUCAUGUGAAGAGGGUCAUUAUGGAGAGUGGUGUCAAUUUACAACAUGUAAUCUCAUUGAAAACACUUCACCAUUGGUUUGUAAUUUGAGAGGAUUGUGUGAAAAUUUCAAUAAUUGCACAUGUAAUGAGACUUUAGGUUAUGGUGGCUCAGAUUGUGAUAUUCCAAUAUGUAAUGGACUAAUUGGAAAGUGUACUGAUGUUGGUAGAGGCAACUGUUCUAAUCCUGAUGUGUGCUCUUGUAUAGAACCGUACUAUUGGGGCUCCUUUUGUGAGUUGACCAGUUGUUAUGGAGUUGAUUCACAACAUUCUCAAGUUUGUAAUGGAAAGGGUAAAUGUACUGCAUACGAUACCUGUGAAUGCAGUUAUGGAUACUUUGGGUUUAAUUGCAGCGAAUUUUCAUGUUUUGGAGUUUUUAAUUCCAAUGAAACUUGUUCAAAAAAUGGCAAAUGUGUUGAUUACAAUAAGUGUGAGUGUAAUGAGUUUAGUUUUGGAUUAGAAUGCGAAUUGACAUAUUGUAAUGGAACGAUGAGCAAUGAUUCAAGAGUUUGUAAUUCCAGGGGUACUUGCUAUGGUCCAAAUUAUUGUAACUGCUCUCAGAAUUAUUUCGGUGAUUGGUGUGAACUUACAACUUGUGACCGAGUGGAUUCGAAUAAUAGGUCUGUAUGUAGUGGCCGAGGAAUCUGUUCAGAGUACAAUAGAUGUGAAUGUAGAGAAGGAUAUUUUGGAUCGAAUUGUGAAUUUACUACUUGUGAUUCGAUCUCUUCAAACUCAUCUCUUGUUUGUAAUAAUUUUGGAAAAUGUGUUGACAUGGACGUUUGUGAAUGUGACUUGAAUUAUGCUGGAACUUUUUGUGAUUUUACAACAUGUUAUGGUUUUGGAUCUAAUGAUCAACGUGUUUGUAGUAGACAUGGAAGUUGUGAUUCAUAUAAUAAUUGUAAUUGUGAUUCCAAAUAUGGUUAUACUGGAUUGAAUUGUGAAAUUCCAUAUUGUAACAAUAUUACUGCAAAUGAUUCAUUAGUCUGUUCAAAGAAUGGUAUUUGUACCGAUUUCAAAGUUUGCAACUGUUCCAAACAUUACUUUGGUGAAUGGUGUCAGUUCACAACGUGUUCAAAUAUCGUUUCAAAUUCCACAAUUGUUUGUUCAGGUCGCGGUAAUUGUACUCAAUACAAUAAUUGUGAAUGUGAGGAAGGAUACUAUGGAUCUGACUGUCAAGAAUAUGAUUGCUUUGGAUUUAACAGAAAUUCCUCAUCAGUUUGUUCCUCAAGGGGCGUUUGUUCAGAUGUUAACAAUUGUCAUUGCAAUAAUUCUCAAAUUUAUGGAACAAAUUGUGAAUUUACAUUGUGCAAUGGUAUUCCAAGUAAUGAUUCCCUUGUUUGUAGCGGAAGUGGCUCGUGUAUUAAUCCAGAUAUCUGUAAUUGCACGGCAAAUUAUUUUGGUCCAUUCUGCCAGCUCACGACUUGUGAAAAUAUUGUUUCCAAUUUCACUCAAGUAUGCUCCUCUCACGGUUUAUGUUCUUCUUUCAAUAAUUGUACUUGUAAACCAGGUUAUUCAGGAAUAACUUGUUCUCAAUUCUCAUGUCUUGGCACACUCAACUUGGACUCUACAGUUUGUUCAGGAAGAGGCAAUUGUUCAGAUAUAGAUUCAUGUAUUUGUCUUCCAGAUGCAUUUGGUGAGGAUUGUUCCAUAUCCAAAUGUAAUGGAACUUUUGGUAAUUUGACAAGUGUUUGUAAUUCCAAUGGAAAUUGUGUUGCAAAAGAUAUUUGUAAUUGUACGGAUGGAUACUAUGGUGAAUUUUGUGAGAGAACAUCUUGUUUUGGACUUGAUAUGACCAAUAACAGUGUUUGUUCUGGAAAAGGUGAUUGUUCUUCUUACAAUCAUUGUAAUUGUUCUGAGGGAUAUUAUGGAGAGAAUUGUCAAUUCCACACUUGCUUUGGUUUGAAUAAUAGUGAAUCUUUGGUUUGUUCUGGACAUGGUAUUUGUUCAGAAACAGAUUUGUGUGAAUGUGAUUUUAAUUACUUUGGACUGAAUUGUUCAGUUACAAUAUGUAAUUCCAUUUUUAGUAAUGAAACAAUUACUUGUUCUGGAAGAGGAGAAUGUCUAUCACCAAAUCAAUGUUCAUGCAGAGAUGGAUAUUAUGGAGAUUAUUGUCAAGUGACUGAUUGUUUUUCCAUUCCUUCAAAUCAAUCACAAUUAGUUUGUUCUGGCAGAGGCAAAUGUUCUGAUGUGAAUUCCUGUCAAUGUCAACCAGAUGCUUACGGAGCUGACUGUUCAUUAUACAAAUGUAAUGGAACAUUGAGUAAUGAAUCAAUUGUUUGUUCAGGACGUGGUAAUUGUAUUGAAACAGAUAGUUGUAAUUGCACUGAAAAUUAUUUUGGUCAAUUCUGCCAAGUUACUGUAUGUUUUGGAGUUCCAUCCAAUGUAACAGAUUUGACAUGUUCUGGAAAUGGAGUUUGUUCACAAUUUGACACCUGUCAAUGUUUUGAAAAUUCAUUUGGUUCUGAUUGUUCUGAAUUCAAAUGUUUUGACAUUUUGAAUAUCAACUCAUCUGUUUGUCAUUCACGUGGAGAAUGCUAUUCAACAAAUAAUUGUUCAUGUUUCCUUAAUUAUUUAGGAGAUGAAUGUCAAUUGACCAGUUGUAAUUCAACACUUUCAAACGAAACUAAUGUUUGUUCUGGAAAAGGAAAUUGCACAGAUUUUGAUUUCUGCGAAUGCAAUGAAGGAUAUUAUGGAACCAAUUGUGAAUUAUUUAACUGUAAUGGCAUUGAACAUUACAAUUCCUCAGUUUGCUCAUCAAGAGGUCAUUGUAAAAGUUUUGAGAAUUGCGAAUGUGACGAAGGAUACUUUGGAAAUGAUUGUCAAUUUUAUACUUGUUUCAAUGUGAACAAUACUUUGGAAUCUGUUUGUUCUUCAAAAGGAAAAUGUUCGAGUUUUGAUAAUUGCACCUGUAUUGAUUCCUAUUUUGGAAAUAAUUGCGAAUUGACCACUUGUAAUAAUAUUCAAUCCAAUGAAAGUUCUGUUUGCUCAUCAAAGGGAACAUGUAUAGAUUACAAUACUUGUAAUUGCACAGCUGAUUAUUAUGGAGAUUCAUGUGAAAAUUUCAAUUGUUUUGAAAUUUCCAAAUUCUCCAACUUGUCAUGUUCUGGUCGUGGCAAAUGUCUUGAUGUAAAUACUUGUGAAUGUAAGGAAAAUAUGUUUGGAUCAAUGUGUCAAGUGACAAGUUGUAAUGGAAUAUUGAGUAAUGACAGUUUGGUUUGUACUGGUUAUGGAGCUUGUGUUGAUUUUGACACCUGUCAAUGUGAAAUGAAUUAUUUUGGAUUGAGUUGUGAAAUUACCACUUGUAAUGGAAUUGAAUCUUAUAACUCUUCAGUUUGUUCUGGUUUCGGCAAAUGUACUUCCUUUAAUAAUUGCGCUUGUGAAAAUGAUGAAUAUUCUGGAGACGAAUGUCAAUAUUUUUCAUGUCAUGGAAUAUCAAAUGUCGAUUUUAAAGUUUGCUCUUCUCGAGGAAAAUGCUCAAGUUUCGAUAAUUGUACUUGUGAAGAAAAUUAUUUUGGAAAAAAUUGUGAGUUGACCACAUGUAGCUCAGUAUCAUCUCUAAAUUCAACAGUCUGCUCAUCAAAGGGUAAUUGCAUUGAUUACAAUCAAUGUAACUGCUCGCUUAAUUACAGGGGCUUCAAUUGUGAGAUAUUCGAAUGUUUCGAAUAUUCCAACCAAAACGAAACUGCUUGUUCCUCUAACGGCCAAUGUAUUGAUUACAAUUCAUGUCGUUGUAAUGAUGGAUAUUUCGGAGAAGAAUGCCAAUAUUAUACUUGUAAUGGCAUUAACAAUACCAAUUCUUCUGUUGUUUGUUCCCAAAAAGGAAAUUGUACUUCUUACAAUAAUUGUAAAUGUCAAGCUCACUAUUUUGGAGAUUAUUGUCAAUUGACAAGUUGUGGUGCUGAAAUAUCUUCCAGUUCACGAGCUUGUUCUGGAAAAGGAAAAUGUAUUGAUUACAAUACUUGUUCUUGUAAAUUUGGAUAUUUUGGUGAUGAAUGUCAAUAUUACACAUGUAACAAUAUUACUCAAAAUGAUGUGUUAGUUUGUUCAGGAAGAGGAAAUUGUUCAGAUUUUGGAAAUUGUGAAUGUCAAGAAAAUUACUUUGGAUUGGCAUGUGACGUAACCUCUUGUUUUGGAAUAAUGUCAAAUGACUCGACUGUUUGUACCAAAAAUGGUAACUGUAAUGAUUUUAACAAUUGCACUUGUAAUACUGGUUAUUUUGGAUCAAAUUGUGAAGAAUUUUAUUGUAAUGGAAUUGAGCAUUUAAAUAGUUCAGUUUGUUCCAAACACGGAAAAUGCUUAAAAUCUGAAAUUUGCGAAUGUGAGAAUGGUUAUUCAGGCAUGGAUUGUGAAAAUUAUGCUUGCUUUGGAAUUAAUCAUACUGAAACCAAAAGUGUUUGUUCUGGAAGAGGAAAUUGUUCGAAACUUGACGAAUGCUUUUGUCUACCAAACUAUUUCGGAGAAGAAUGUCAACUCACCACCUGUGCUUCCAUCCCAUCGAAUCAAACCAAUCUAGUUUGUUCCUCACAUGGUCAAUGCAUUGAUUUUAAUUUAUGUCAAUGUGAAAUUGAUUAUUUUGGAUCAAAUUGUGACGAAUUUUCAUGUUUUAAUGAAUCGAAAACUUUAAACAUAUCAUGUUCUGGAAAUGGAAUAUGUGUUGGACCCGAUACAUGUCACUGCUCAAACAAUUGGUGGGGUGAUAAAUGUCAAGUGACAUCCUGUGAGGGAUUAUUAAGUAAUGAUUCAAGAGUUUGUAAUGGACGUGGUGAAUGCAAGCAACAUGACACAUGCGAAUGUGUAGAACAUUACUUUGGUUCAUUCUGUCAAGAAACUACUUGUGAUGGAAUUUCAUCUUCCAAUAGCUCAGUUUGUUCCAAGCAUGGUUCAUGUGAAACAUUUAAUAAUUGCCAAUGUGAAUAUGGAUAUUUUGGUGAAUUUUGUGAACUUUACACAUGUUUUGGAUUCAAUUCUUCAGAUUCCAAUGUUUGUUCUGGAAGAGGAACUUGUUCCAGCUUGGAUCAAUGCCAAUGUGAUGAGAACUAUAUGGAUUUGAACUGUUCCAUCACUACUUGCUUCUCCAAACUUUCCAAUUCUUCAAGUGUUUGUUCUGGAAGAGGUGAAUGUGUUGAUUUUGAUAAUUGCACAUGUGUAUCUGGUUACUAUGGAAAGGAAUGUGACAAUUUCUCAUGUUUUAAUGUGCAACAUUCAGAACCAUUGGCUUGUUCAGGUCAUGGUCAAUGCGUUUCUCCUAAUAAUUGCUCAUGUGAGCAUGGAUAUCAUGGAGAAGAAUGUGAAUCUUAUGUGUGUUUCAAUGUAUCUUCAUCAAAUCCUCAAGUUUGCUCUGGAAAAGGAAAUUGCUAUCGAUUCAAUCAAUGCAAUUGUUCUGAAGGAUAUUACGGAGACAACUGCCAAUAUUAUUCUUGUUAUGGAAUGAAUAGAACUGAUUCCAGAGUUUGCUCUGGGCACGGAAGUUGUACUGAAACAGAUGAGUGCGAAUGUGUAUCACAUUAUUUCGGAUUAGAUUGUUCAGUGACAAGUUGUUUUGGUGUUUUGAGCAAUGAAACUCAAAAUGUUUGUUCAGGAAGAGGUGAAUGUGUUGAUUUUGAUGAUUGUAAAUGUCGUUCAGGAUAUACUGGUGUGGAAUGUAAAGAAUUUUCAUGCUUUGGUAUUGAAAAAGACAACUCGACAGUGUGUUCUGGAAAUGGCCAAUGUAUUGAUGUGAAUAAGUGCUCUUGUCAAUUAGGAACUUAUGGAGAUCUAUGUAAUUAUUUUGAUUGUAAUGGAACAGAGCAUGCCGAUUCAAAGGUUUGUUCUGGUAGAGGAUUUUGCUCAUCCUACAAUAAUUGUACAUGUGGAGAAAAGUAUCAUGGAGCUAAUUGUGAGUUGACCACAUGUUUCAACAUUUCAUCAAGUGAAAAAGAAACUGUUUGCUCUGGAAAGGGUAAUUGCAUUGAUUUGGAUACUUGCCAAUGCUCUGACGGCUAUUUCGGUGAAAGUUGUGAACAAUACUCUUGUUUCGGUCUGAAUAAUACCAAUCCUUUGGUGUGUUCAAAUCGUGGUAAUUGUUCAAGCUUUGAUAAUUGUACAUGCACCAGUAAUCAUGUUGGUGUGAAUUGUGAGUUGACACGAUGUGAUUCUCUACUUUCGAAUGAUUCUAAUGUUUGUUCUGGAAGAGGUGUAUGCAUAGAUUACAAUCAAUGCCAAUGUGAGAAUGGAUAUUAUGGCAUUUGGUGUGAAAAUGAAAAAGUUAUCGCUCCAACAGCAUCCAUAAAUCUACUCUCAGAAUUCUAUAGCUCCUGUGAUGAGAUUAUCAUUGAUGGCUCGCUCAGUAUAUCUCCAAAUAAUACACCACUUGACUAUUACUGGACCUUGUUCAAUGAGACAGACCAUGUGUUCCAAAUUAUUCCAUUCAAUUUCCCCAAUACUCCAUUAAUUAAGCUAGAUUCAACCCUUCCACAAGGAAAAUAUUUAGUUUCUCUUGUGGUGGGAAAUAUUGUAAAUAGCUCAACUGUAUAUUCUUCCAUAUUUUCAAAAGCAGAAAGCCCUCUUCCAGCAUUAUAUGUUCCACAAACAACUAUUGAAAAAGUAACUACUCAAUUUCCUAUUACCAUCAAGAAAAUAGUGUCAGAAUCUUCAUGCAAAUCAGAAAAUUCAAUCAUUGAAUGGACUCAAUUGAGUGGACCAAAAAUCAGAUACAGUAUGGAUAAAUACUCUGACCUCUACGUCUCUUUAGAAACAUUUGGUUACCAGAUCUAUAAAUUCCAAGUAUCUGUCUACUAUCCAUCCAAUCCUAACAUCAAAGAUGUUUCAGUUGUAACCUUAAUCACCAAACCUCCAGAUCUAUACUUGAACUUAAUUACUUUUGAUGCACAACCCAAUUAUACCAUAAUUAAUGUAGAUUAUACAGAUCCUGAAAUGGUUUACAACGCAUACUCUACAGAAGUGUGGGAAUGGACAUGCUUGGACAAUAACGUCAAUGAGCUCUUAUUAGAGUUUCUCUCAGUACUAUCCUCAGAAAAGUCAACGAACUUCAAAAUUGAUGCAGCUCUUUUCCCCGUUCCUCCACUAUCACUAGAACUAGAUCUUAAAGUUACUAAAUCUGAUGGAAGAAGUAUUCAUAAAUCGACUACUAUCCAUUUUACGUAUAUUCCACCAAUAAUUAACAUUAUUAAUGUUUACCCAAAGAAGGAAUACUUUCUUGUUAGUGAUACUCUAACAUUACAGACCUCUCUCAUUCCUGGAACAUCUUUAAUUACCAAUUAUACGGUAAUUGUUAAUAAUGUUAUUGUUGGUUCCACAAGUUCAGAUUACAUUAAUAUUGAUCCAAGUUUGUUAAAUGCUGGCUCCAAUAAUAUUAUUACUCUGUCAGCUUAUGAUCCAAAUGCAAAUGUUGCUUCAUUGAUUCAGUACAGUUUCAGUGUUGCCUCCCCUCCUCCAAUGUGUUAUUGUACCAUUACUCCUUUGAAUGGUUUUGCAGUAGAAACAGAAUUUGAAUUCAUUUGCAUGAAUUGUAAAAGUGAAGAAGAUCAUUUAGAUUACAGAUAUGGUUUCAUUGAUGAUAGGUCUGGUGUAAAAAUUUACAUGCAUAAUAUUGAUGUUGGCUAUUCGAAACAACUUCCUACAGCAUUCAUUGGUGAGACAGUUACAUGUUUCUUUGAGGUAAUCAAUACAGCCACACAAGCAUCAACUAUAGAAUCAAUGAAUGUAAGCAUUCAAACUCGCUCAUAUUCAACCUUUUCACAAGUACAAGUUUUAGCUCAACAAUGGAUUAAACAGGCAAAAGAAGAGUCGCUAUUGGGAUCACUCUAUCAAUCAGCAGCCAUAUCUAGAACUUCUACUGCCCUUCUGAAUAGAGCCAUCACAAAAAUUGAACCAAUUUCAAUAUAUGAAAAUACUAGGUCAUUGACAAGAAGUCUCACAUGUAAGAAUGGUGGAAUUUUGAAAAAGGAUACCUGUAUGUGUAGGGAAGGUUUUGUUGGGGUUGCUUGUGAAAAUACCAUCAAGGAUUUUGCAGAAUAUCAAAACAAGAAUCUACAACUAUUGAGAAUGUUAGCAAAUGGUACAGAAAUAAUGAUGGAUAAUCAACUCAUUUCCAUAGCUGCAUUUACUGUAGACUCGAUUCUGUAUAACUUCAAACAUCUUGAUACAAAUACAGUAUCAGAAGCUCUAUCCCAACUUGUCAAAUAUCUUGUUAAGGUGAUUGCUGAUGAAAGCUUGAAACUUCCAGUGGGUGUUGACUUUUGUUUGGACUCUGUCAUUGAUUCUGCCUUCCAAUUCAUCCUUGAGAAACGAUUCUUUACCAAACAAGCUUCAAAUGCACAACAAUUAUUUACAACUCUCAAGUUUACCUCCCAUCUAGAAGCCAGAAGUCAACCAAAGACAAGAACAAAAGUCUUUAAGAAGGCAGCAUUCUAUAGAAGAGUGAUGGAACUGGUGUGGUUAUACGACUAUUCGAAUCAUCAGCUGUUGAUAGAACCUUCAACAUUGACAAGUGUCAAAGUACAGUUAAAUAAUACUAUUAAGGCCACACAUUCCAGCAAACCAUUCCUUCAAGCAUUCCUUGUGGUGGAUGAUAUAUUCUCCAUUGGUGAUUAUUUAGCCUCAAAAGUAGAAACUCUCUCUGAGAAAGUUAGAAGAAAGUCCUCUCUCCAAUCUAAAAUUAUUGCUUUUGGUUUUGGUGAUUUGGAUGUUGCCUUAUUGAAAUCAUCUUCCAUAAUUGACUUGGAAUUCCAUAUUCCACUGCUAGAGAAUACUACUACUACUCAAGAUGACAGUAAUUUGGGUCAAUUGUUCUUCAAAGAGGUCAAUACAUCAUAUUCAUGUGCCUCAAUCUCAAUCAGUACACUAUCCAUCGAAGAUAAUCCAAAUUGCAUAGUUACAAUUAUCAAUUCAACAAUGGCAACCUGCAAAUGUUCUGUCACUUUCAACAUGACCAAUCUUGUCUCCUCCACACUCAAUCUCUUCAUUGUCCAAAAGAAGAUUUAUAUAGAUGAUCAGAGUAUGUUAAUAGGCAUUAUCAUUGCUGUGGUGGUUGGUGCUAUGGUUUUGUGUUGCUCUGUAACAAUUGGUUGCUAUGCCUACUAUUGUUUCUAUGGAGAAUUAUGUUGUCUAGCCAUUCCUUGCCUGCAGUUUUGUUGUUGCUGUUGGUGGUGUUGUUAUUGUUGUGGUAAAUCGAGCAUUCUUCGUCAUCAUCGGAAUAGAAGAAGAAGAGCACUUUCAAUGACAACAGCAAUUGAUGUCGAUGUAGAAAGUGAUAAUGGUGAUGAUGAAAAACCUCAUCUUCAUAUCGAGCCUUUUAAUCCUCAUCCUCAUCCUGUUGUUCCUAUCAUUAAUUUAAAUAAUACUAUUAAUAAUACGAGUACAACAACAAUAAUAUAUAAUGAAGAUCAUCCUAUUGUGGAGGGAGAAACAAUUUAUCUUCCACCAACUCCAAGAGAAACUCCUUCAACAAGGGGAGAGGAGGAUACACAUUCAAAUCAUAGCAACAACAUCACAAUUAGUCAUGAUAAUGAUGAUGGUGAUGAUCAUAAUUCAGAAGGAGCAGUGACUGUUGUGAGAGGAGGCAAAGGCGUAGGCAGAGGAGGAGGUGAUGAUGAUGAUGGAAACUCAACAACAAAUUCUAGACAUUCCUUCAUAUCGGUCUUGUCCAAUUUUUCAUCGGAAUCUGUUAGAAAAUUAUUCAGAAAGAAGAAGAAGGAAGAAGAAAUUCCAUCUGCAGUGCAAAUUGAUUUGAGAUUGGUAUUUGAAUAA